AUGGGCAAGAAAACCAAUAAGCAGAAACUCAGUUUUCCAAAGGUUCAGGGAUGGGUACCGUACAAAGCGUUUUCUGCAAAAAAAAUUGAAGAGGCUUCGGAGCCGAAAUACGCUGAAGUUCCAAAGGAUUGGAAGGAACCAAAGUUUACUCCUGAGGAUAAUCCUCAUGGGAGAUUGUUUGCUUCAUCAUCAUACACAACGCUCUUCCCAAAAUAUCGUGAGAAGUACUUGAGCGAAAUUUGGCCCGCCUUAAGAAGAAUAAUGAUGGAACAUCAUAUUCGAGUGGAGAUAGAUGUGGCUGAAAGUACUAUGGAAGUUCGAACAACUCCAAGGACUUUUGAUCCUUUUAUCAUACUAAAAGCCAGGGAUGUUAUACGCCUAUUAGCCCGCUCUGUCCCUAUGGAGCAAGCUAUUCGUGUUCUGGAUGACGAGACAUUCGCAGAUAUUAUUGAAAUUAACUUGACUAAUCGUGAACGAUUUGUUAAACGACGUAAUCGGCUUAUUGGUCAUGAUGGUGAAACGUUGAAAGCCCUGGAGCUGUCUACUAACUGUUAUAUAGUUGUGCAAGGAAAAACUGUUUCUGUGGUUGGUCGAUAUAACGAUUUAAAGGAGGUACGUAGAAUUGUUCAAGGUUGCAUCUAUGACAAUAUACAUCCAGCUUAUUCUAUUAAAAGGUUACUUAUCAUAAAAAAACUUUCUAUGGAUCCUACAAAACAAAAUAUAUCGUGGGAUCGAUUUUUGCCUAAAAUGAAAAAGAAAGUACUUAGUCGACGUAGAAAACCUCACAAAGUACGUAAGAAAAAAGAAUAUAAUCCAUUUCCACCACCACCAGUUCAAUCAAAAAUUGAUAUUGAACUAGAAAAAGGUACAUACUUCUUAGCUGAAGCUGAACGUAAACGAUUGAAAGUCGAAUCGAAUAUUGUUAAAUCAAAUCAAAUAUCAAAAAUACGACAAAAAGCUAAACGUUCCGCUGCACUUAUUCCACCUGAUGAAUGUCACAACAAAAACAAUAAUAAUGAUAAUAAUACCAGUCAUAAUAAACCAAAAAAGAUUAAAUUUGAGGAAUAA